CUCUCUCUCUCUCUCUUCUCAUCUCUUUGAUCACUUAUGUUUAAAUUCGCAUCUGGGUGGCUUCAUGGGUGUUUCUUUCUUACAAUGCAUUUUGGAUAACACGUGGUUUGACGACAAUGGCACCAGCCUAACAGUAUCUGCAAUGGGGCUUCUCACCACUAUUCGACAGAUUAAAAGGAAGGAGAAGCAAAUACGUCUACUCAUGGUUGGGCUUGACAAUUCGGGCAAGACUACAAUUGUGAUGAGGGUUAAUGGGGAGGACAUCAGCCUUGUCACUCCCACCCUCGGCUUCAACAUCAAGACCCUCACUUACCUCAAGUAUACUCUGAAUAUAUGGGAUGUGGGGGGUCAGAAAACACUACGAUCUUAUUGGAGAAACUAUUUUGAACAAACUGAUGGUCUUGUAUGGGCGGUCGACAGUUCUGAUCUCAGACGAUUAGACGACUGCAAAAUGGAGCUCCAUAAUCUUCUCAAGGAAGAGAGGCUAUCAGGAUCCUCCUUAUUGAUUCUAGCAAAUAAGCAGGACAUAAAAGGUGCCCUUACUCUAGAAGAAAUUUCCAAGGUUUUGAACUUGGAGGCUAUAGAUAAAACUCGACACUGGAAUAUUGUUGGCUGCAGUGCAUACACAGGUGAGGGACUGCUUGAAGGAUUUGAUUGGUUGGUCCAAGACAUUGCCUCUAGGAUCUAUGUGCUUGACUAAGGCCAGUUUUCAGUAAUUCUAAUUUCGGU